UCAAGUCAGGUAGCUGGCUUUUUAGCAACCAACUUUUUCAACUCAAAUAUCAACCAGAUUGUUUACAGCAUUCACCUAGGAAACGUUACUAUAUUGUUUGUUGUCCUACUUCGGUUGUCCUUAGAAACUAACUUCAGGAGAGUCCAGCUCAAAAUGCCUAGACACAAAAAGUGGGAAGAAGGACUCAUAUAGAAAAUGUGUUGUUAGAAGUAAUAAUAAUCAUGUAAACCACUUAUUUUUACUUUCAACGAAAGAAUCGAGUUAGUAUAUGUCACAAAUGAAAAUAUAAGUAAAGAUACCAAAGUAUAGUAUUUUUAGGGUAACGUUGAUAAGUCAAUCAUGUCAUCGUUCAAAAGAAGACGCGAUCCCCUCCCUUUCCCUCGACUUAACAAUGAUGAAGAAUUAUCUGGAAUAAAAAAAGAACAGGUAUGUAUUCCAAAUGAACCAUACCAUAUUUCCCAUCAAGCUGAGCCUUGGAAUAAUUUGCAUAACACACGGACAUUACAAAGCUCUCGGCGGCUGGUUUUCCAUCAUGACCCUUUGGCUCCAAAUGACAGCCUGGAUUUUAUUCUUAAAUCAGUUUAUGAACACGAUAAGGGCCUUUUCAAAACCAAAGCUGACACUUUGGUGCAGAAGGAAACUUUAACUGAUGAUCAUAGUCGACAAUUAGUUAAUCGUGAAAAAAUACCUGAGAAAAAACCACUGGUGAUGGAUCAUCCAUUAAGAAUUAUCCCCUCAGAAAAGAUGGAAGAUUUCAACAGUGUCAAAUUAGCCAUUGAAUCAUACCAUACUCAAAUAACAAACCGGGGAUACUGUCGGAAGCCUGAUGGAGGAUAUUACUCUACUUAACACAUUUGAUAUAUUGUGCUGUAUUACAAUAGAUAUCAGACAAAUUUUGAGGUUCUAUGAGUUUCUGGACAGCUAAAAUGCUACUUGUUUCCCAGUGAACGUAUAACAUUCAAAGGAUAAUGUUAUUUUGGCAAAAGUUUCGGCAAUAAAAUACAAUACAAUUUUA